GCAGAGGCCGAUACGUUUGUAAGAAGAACAUCAACCAUGGCUGAUAACUCAGGAAUCCCAUCAAAGCAAAUGAAGAUUUGGAUUGCGAACAGGCGAGCUCAGAUUAAGAAGCAGACCAUCAGGGAAGAGAAUGCAAGGCUGAGGAUUGAGAAUGAAAUGCUGAGGGAAGAGAACCGCGAAAUGAGUCUGAUGCAAAGAAAGAAAGUAUGCGGUCUUUGUGUAUUAAAGGCUGAGAAUGCUCGUCUUAGAGCUGAGUUUGAACGCCUACAAGCCAUUGCUGCAAUGCGGCAGAACAUAGCAAAUCCUAAAGAAGAGCUUGGGUCUUCCUCGUCAGCAUUCCAGACUCCAGCACCUAGUAGUGCAACUGGGUCUCAGCCAGAUCCAGGACCAGGAGCAUAUGUGCCCAAAGAUGAACCGCCAUCCAUGUAGGCCAUGGUCAUAGCGGCUUAAUGUUCUCCUCUGGAGCCCCUUCAGUAUUUCCACCAUCUUUGAAGCAUGGCAAUGCUAAACUGAACAAGAUUAGGAGGUACCAACGGGAGCACUAGAAGGGAUGAACAAGCCCCACUGAAGCUUUAAUAGGACAUUUCAUAUAGGAAAUGUUCUUAAAAGAAUAAUGAAAGCUUCAUUGAACUUCAGGAUAAGAUGCUAUAGCAUCUAGUUUGUAUGUCAUGGCAUGUCUGUGUAUGGACUUAAACACAGUUAUGUGUGUUGCUGCUCAAGGUUCAGUUCAUAUAUGCCUUAUAGUUAAGAUAUGUUUUCCUUGCAUUGAACUUAUCCUGUUCAUCUAAACAUGCUGUUUACUAUGUUCCAUUUAUCAAUAAAUGUUACUACUGCUAAGUUAUUGAAGUUAGUAUGACUUACGAAGUUCAGGUAAGGUUUUCAGGCUUUCAAAUACUUGCUUUGCUGCCAUGUGCCAUCGUUUCAAUUAUAGAACCAACCAAAUCGACCACUAUCUGGGCAUUUCUUGUUACAUGGGUCCCCUAAACAUCCAGAAUGAAUAGCUUGCCUGCUCCAGUGGGAUAUGAAAGCAGUACAGUGGCUGGCAAUCAUACUACAGCACCAAGCUGCUCUCGUGCACUUGAGGUUGGAGUGUUGGACUGAUGGACCCGACACACAUAGUGGCACAUACGAAUUUCAUGGUUAUUUUUUUCAUGGUCAGUGAUGCCACAUGGGACAAUAUAAAUUUAACUUUUAUACCUUACAUGUGCGAUUGUUUCAUAGGAUCACUUAGGACAAUAUAAAUUUUUUUCAUGGUCAGACAAGCAGGAAGUGAGAUGGUUAACACUUAGUGUAAGGCAUGUGUUCUUAGGAAGAUCGAGAUCCUUCCUUAAAAAGGUAUGCUAGCUAUUUGCUGAGCUACACUAUCUAUCUAUACAGCAGCUCUUCCUUCAGAUCUACAAAAACUUCAGUAGCAUUCAGAAUGCUCAGCUGUAACCAACUUAGUGCGUAGAAAGUGCUAGAUAUAUAUAAUACAGAUAAACAUUUAACUGGAUCUCAGGAUCGAGAACCAUCCAUGAGAAAGAAGCAAAUGAUCUAGAUAUGAUAUAUGUAACUCAGUUUGACUAGAGCGAACUAUCACUCAAGUAUUAAUGAGCUCGCUGUCAAUGAUUACCCCAACAAUAUUUUGAUUACUAUGUUAGUAAAUAUGUAACAGCUAAUGGUUACGCUUAACAUUAACUCCAUGAUGAUAUUUCUACUUUUGUUUGGUUAACUCAUUGACCUUGGUGGUAGAUACAUAUAUCAGAUAUUGUGCCUUCAAAAUCUUACAUCAGAGAAUAUUGGUGUUGCUAAUAAUAACAACCCUACAGGCCUAGAGUCAUCCCGCUUCUUGUGUCCCCGAGGAAUAAAGAUCAAAGGACCAAAAGCAGUUCCUCUGGUAUUUUUCUUGGCAGUGUAAAUAAAAACCUUGAGACAGAUAAAAACAACAUAACCGAUAUGCAGGGUCUGAUUUUUAAGUUUAUGAUUCCUCCUUACGGCAUCUAAAUGAAAUACAGUAUACAUAUAAAAAAACUCGACCCACGGGGGAGACUCCCCUUGGGCAUUGUUAUAAGAAGGUGCCGCGCUUCGAACCCAGGUCAGGAGGGAGUUCCCAUGACUCCUGGAGUUCAACACUCUAACUAGUCCACCGCGAGAAGCUGGGCAUCCAGUACACACAGAAGUUGAUGGCAUCAUCUAUCCAGAAGAUUUCCUUGCUCUUCCAUCCAAAUGAUAUGUACUAACUCACACCAUCUUCUCCAUUGCAGGUUAUCUUUUCGACUAUAUAUUGGCUCCGUACGUGGGCUAUUUUACAGAGGUUGGCUUCACAGGACUUGGUUGUUGCGGCAUCACUACGAUUGGCGCUGGUUGCCAAGGAGUUAUUUACCCAGGCGUAUGGGUGGCGGUCUAGUCUAGAGAUUGAUUGUCAUUAGUGUUUGGGAUAAGUUUUCCCUUUUUUUAGGCUAUGUGCAUCCCACUAUGCAGAGGUCGGAAGUGUUUUUCAGGACUUUGUAUCAACUUGAUGUAAUGCUCUUGAAAUUUAAUAAAGCUUCCUUAUUGAAAAAAAAAUUCACACCAUCUAGAACUGAGUUAGCUUUCAACUUCAAAGCACAAUGAGAUUCAGCAAGUUAUGAAUCUAAUUUAUCAGGGGAGAUGUUUUGAGUUCGAAUUUGUUAACCUCCAUAUCCAGAAUCCGGAUAAACAGUUACUGCAGGUUGAAAGCUAAAUAUACAGGAAUGGAAAAACAUCACUAAAAAUGUUUCAAUGAAUUCAACUGUCACACAAGAACCUUACUUUUCCUGUGUGGGAGCAAAACUAAAAUUGCUAUAUACAACAGUUGCCUGGAGUAUGUAAUCCAACAGUUUCCUGCAGUGAAUUCUAGCAAUACCUUUCACUAAUGGGCUACAGUCAUGUUUCAUUUGGAGACGCCAGAGCAGCGUCCUCAUUUGCAUGAAUAAAAGAUCGGAAACCAGAGGGGCUGAACAGCUGACCUGAGCCACUGCUGCUGG